ACAGGUGAUAUUUCAGAAUGAAGGGUGCUGCUGUUUUUCUGGGACUGCUGCUCUGUCUGCACAGGACAUGGGCUCAAGGGGAAAGUGGAGGGAUACAGGAUGUCAAAGCAACCCAUGAUCAGAGCAGUAGCCAGACCAACACCAGCCCUGACAUCUGGGCUGAGCUGAAGGAGCUGAGAGACAUGACCAUCGAACAAAUGGUGGAGCUCAGGAACAGCAAGAGCAAGAUAGAGAAGCUGGAGCAAGAGAAUACAGCCACACAGGCCAGACUGACAGCCAGUGAAAGCAAGAAUGCAGUUUUAGAGGCCAGAAUGAGCUCCAAUGAAAAUGAGGUGGAGGAACUAAGGAGAGAGAAUGCAGAGCGUCCAAAGGUGGCGUUCACAGUUGGUCUUACUGACGCGGGAGAAGUCGGACCCUUCAAUACCGAUACUACACUUAAGUUCAGUAAAGUCUUCACCAAUAUCGGCCAGGCCUACAACCCAACUACAGGUAUCUUCACAGCCCCCGUCAGAGGAGCCUACUACUUCCGACUAACUGGGUGGGGUGUAAAGGGCUCAACUCAUAUCAGCUUUUCACUGUAUCACAAUAACAGGCAAAUUACUAGGUGUCACGAUGCAAAUGAUACCCUUGGUUUUAUCUCUGUGUCUAAUGCAUUUGUUCUUCAACUGAACCAGGGAGAUGUGGUCUACACAGUUCUCAAAUCAGGCUACCAUAUUUAUGAUGAUUCAUUCAAUCGUACCACUUUUAGUGGAUUUUCACUUUUUGCUCUGUGAAGUCAGCUG